GCUGAUAUAUUAAAAAUGUUUCCAAAUUUUUAUUAACGCAUAUGGUGUAUGUAUAUCUUUAGUCAAAACAAUUUGUAAGAGGUUAAUGGAAACCCCACCAAUCUGAACGCCACUUUACAUGAUGCAGCAUGAAUUGCAUUUUCCUUAAAAAUUAUCGAACUCUAUUGCAAUGUUUUAUUUGACUACUGUUAUAACAUUGUUAAAUGUUUAAGAAAAGCUGAAAAUUAGUUUUGAAAUAUAUAUAAAACAAGAGGGUAGUGUGAACAAGGCUUGUCCAAAGUGUAACUCCAAGCGUCCAAUAGACGGUCGCAGAUUGACCGGUGGCGGCAGCGAGCCGAUUCCCGCGCGGCGCACGUCGCAUCACGGAACUGCUCGAGCUGAACGUGUUAAAUGGCUGUGCGUCGGCCAUGAUGGCUUUGAGCAGGGACCGUGUCACGCAAACAUGUUUUCAAAGUGAUAUAUCUCGUUUGGUGACUGAGUGACCGUGUUCCAGCGCGAUGGCCGGAGAACGAUGAGGCCCUGAGCGCUCUCUGUGCCGGGUAUUACGGCCGCAGGGCCCCCAGCCAGGCCCAGUCAGGUUCACGUUCCCCAAGUCCGAGGCCCGAGCCGACCCGACUGGCCUCACGGUUCGACACCAGCCAACUCGGUUGUCAACACGCGAGCCAGCCGCCUCAGGAUGAGCAAGCUGUCGUUCAGGGCCCGCGCCCUGGACGCUUCCAAGCCCAUGCCAAUUUAUAUGGCCGAAGAAUUGCCGGAUCUACCAGAUUAUUCGGCCAUUAACCGUGCUGUGCCCCAAAUGCCCAGCGGCAUGGAAAAGGAGGAGGAAUGUGAACAUCACUUGCAAAGAGCAAUAUGUACAGGUCUAAUCAUUCCUACCCCAGAAGUAACUGACUUGACAGAUGUAGAAGCUUAUGACAAAAUCUAUCCAGCUGAUUAUAAGCUACCUCGUCAGCUUAUACAUAUGCAACCUUUUGCAAUGGAGCAAGAUAUUCCAGAUUAUGAUAUGGAUUCAGAAGAUGAAAAAUGGGUUGCGGUGCAGAGCCGUAAGAUGGACUUAACUCCUCUCCAAUUUGAAGAAAUGAUGGAUCGUUUGGAGAAAAGUUCAGGGCAAACUGUAGUCACUCUUAAUGAAGCAAAGGCUCUUCUGAAAGAGGAUGACGAUUUAAUUAUAGCUGUUUUUGAUUACUGGUUGAAUAAACGUCUUAAAACACAACACCCCCUUUUAUUAUCGGUAAAAACAGAGCAUCGGUUUGGUUCAGCUGCCAAUAAUCCUUAUUUAGCGUUUAGACGUAGAACCGAAAAAAUGCAAACACGUAAAAAUCGUAAGAAUGAUGAAACUAGUUAUGAAAAGAUGCUAAAGCUCCGUAGGGAUCUUAGUAGAGCAGUUACACUUCUCGAAAUGGUUAAAAGAAGGGAAAAAACCAAACGAGAACACUUACAUCUUACAAUCGAAGUUUACGAGAAAAGAUAUCAAGCACAGGACUUCAAUGGACAGAUAUUAGCGGAAGUAUCAGCAUUGAAGACGCCGAGACCAGCCUUUGCUCCAAUAUUUACAAAUCAAUUUGGUGUUCAUCAAAAUUGGGCGAAUAAAGUUUGUAGUAAAGACGAAGUAGUACCCAGGAAAGAAAAAAGACAAUACAAGAAACGGAAACAUAAAACUGACAGUAGAGGAGGUAACUUGGACGACAGUGGAGUACGCGGUGGAACAGGUAGCGGAGGUGGUCGGGGUAGUCGGCCUGGUGUUCUUGGAGGCGGGCUGGACCCGCUGAUGAGCUCAGACGAAGAUAGUCCACUUCCAUCUCACUCGCAUUCUCAGCCCUCGGUUCCCUCGGAUCGCGAUGACGAAGAUACCGCUGAUGAGGGUCAAUUUGCUUUUCGACGGAAUAGAAAUAGCACUUAUUUACCACCUGUAUCAGGUGGAUUUGGAAAUUGGCCGUGGUGUGAUAAAAGCGAAGGGGGCUUGGCUGAUAAGAAGUAUAGGUUUGCGCUGACCAGCAUUAGCAAACCAGUACCACGGUGUAUUGGUUUUGCGCGACGGCGAGUUGGUCGGGGUGGCAGAGUAAUAUUGGACCGUUGUUCAACCGAUAUGGAUGAUAUGUGGUCUUCUCUAGACUUCACGAUACAUCAACCAAAACGAGAACCUGUGGAUUCCGAUACAACUACCGCGUCAACUCCAGUUAAAAAAGAAUGGUUACAUUUCCGACCAAAGACUCCACCUGUGUCAGUGUAUAGUCCAAGCGAAGAAAGUAGUGAUACGGACUCGGAUUCAGAGCCAACGUUAUCUCGACCGAAACCGCUUCCGUAUCCGUUCCCACCAGAGGCAACAUCUAUCUGCGUGGAAGUAGAACCUGAACGGCCAGGAGAUGAACCACCUUUCACGUCGGAAUUCAAUAUCGCGGAUUAUUUUUCGGUGGAUGCUUUGUCGGACUUCGACCUUGCCGUGGCGAGUAUCACCGGUAGUGCGUGCGUUAGUGGACUAUCGGACAAUAACUCUAGCGAUUCGCGGACAGACGAUCUGGGCAGUUCACAUUUCGUUGUGACUCCUUUACCUUGCAGUCUUUUUGCACAGCCUGCGACACAACAGAGUCGGCCUCAGUGCAGUGGUAGUGGUUCUAGUGUUGUAAAUACUUCUACGAGUUCUACAGUCCCAUCGUCUUUCUUGUGUGCGACCAAUCAACCGACAACAUCAAGUACGGUAUCUACGCAAUGUACAAGUACUACUACCGAGACACAAUUGAAUCAAUCUAAACAACAACACAGACAAUUUCCAAACAAUAGCAGUUCCGCCUCCAUUCUAUCUAAGUCCCUGACUAGUCCAACAAAUAAUAGGAAUGGCGGCAACUGCGGCAGUGGUAGUGCUGGAGUCAGAGUGUUCAGUGCAAGUACCACGACCAGUGGAACAAUUACAAACUUCGGUAAUGGACAUCAAAAUGGUCCAUUACCACAUAUAAAUAACUCUAAUAACCUUUCAAAUAGCACUCAUGUCGUGAAUAAUCAGUCAACGAUAGUUCUGCCGCAAAAACAUCCGCCGUCCAAUCUGCUACCUGGCUUGAUCGCACAGAGCAAAUUGGCGAGUCUUGCGAGGCAACAACAACAGACGCAAAGUCAGACGCAACAAAUCCCAACGUCCGGGGAAAUUACGCUUAAUAGUAAUAGUGAAAAUUUGGAUAUGGAGGUGGAUGGAGUGGAAACUGCAGCAUGCGACGGUAAACCGCAGCAGCAGCAACUUGUUCGAGCAAACAAAACAAAUUCAUUAGCAAUGGAAGUGACAUGAUGCCUGCUAUCGGCACCCCUGUUGCCGCCAAUACGUCACUGGGGGCUUCGUUAACUACCUUGCCUAUGUCUGUCUGACUUCGGAGACUGGACGAGUACUACGUGCGUGUUGAAACAAAAGAAAAAGUGGUACGGCUAGAUUCGAUUACAGAAAUGCUCUGAUCAGUUGCCUAUUGUGGCGAUGAUGACGGAAUGGUGUUGAUUCCAUUACAAGUACCAAGUUAUCUUGAUCACAAGAAGAUUGUGCUUUAAUUUAUUUUUCUAAGUUGUUUGUUUCCUUGCUCAUUGGACAACCUUAAAUUGAUACUAGUUUUCGGCUAAUGUUAUUUCUCUUUUCUUGAAACAAAUUUCGAAAUGGAUGUAAUAAGUAAAUAUUGAAAUACUAAUACGGAGAUUAGAAAGAAAGGGAAAAAAUUAGAAGGAUAUAAAAUUUUGUUCAGCGCAAGGGAACUUCUAUACUUGACAAAAUUAUAAUUGACACUGACAUAUUGAAAAUUUGGCAGAACUCCUUUGUCAUUUUUUACUCAUAUGCAAGUAAUGAUACUGGAGUUUCUAUACUGAAAUUGUUAUCCUCAUAACAUAAGCUUUCUCAAACACAGCAUUAAUCAUUUUAUGAAAAAAAAUUGUGCGCAGAUACAUAUUUAUGUUAGAAUUAUUUUUUCCAAAUUUCGCAGUUUAUCGAACUUAAUAGUAUUUAGCAUUAUAAGAAAGGUAAAAUUUUCAAAAUUAAUAUUGCUGGAUAUACGUUCGUGAUUUUUAAAUUUAUUUAAAAGAUACAUAA